GCCAAUAGCGGUAGACGUAUGGUGGUCAGGUGGUUUGUCUAUGUGUGGGUGGAGAAGCUGUAAGGUUGUCGGUUGUUCCUGUAAUGGCGGAACGCGGGGACUCCGAUGCCGGGCGCUACAAUAACGAUAUAAGGAUGGCACAGCAGCAGCAGCAGCCUGCGCUGCGGUUUCGGGGCCCCACACCACCACCUACAGCUGUUUUAAGAGGUCCUCCUCCUCUUUUGCGUCCACCACCACCUUUUGGCAUGAUGAGAGGUCCUCCACCACCUCCACGUCCCCCUUUUGGGAGACCCCCCUUUGACCCAAAUAUGCCACCAAUUCCACCACCCAGCGGUAUUCCUCCUCCCAUAGGGCCUCCACAUCUUCAGCGACCCCCCUUUAUGCCCCCACAUAUAGGUGGUAUGCCACCUCCUGGAAUGCUUUUUCCACCUGGAAUGCCACCUGUGUCUUCACCUGCCACUGUAUCUAAUCCCAGUCCAAACACUGCUCCUACACAAGCCCCAACUUUGCCUCCAAAUGAGGAAAUAUGGGUGGAGAACAAAACACCAGACGGCAAGGCUUAUUUCUACAAUGCUCGUACCCGUGAAUCGGCAUGGUCAAAGCCAGAUGGUGUGAAAGUCAUUCAGCAGUCAGAAUUGACUCCAAUGAUGACAGCUCAAGUGCAGACUCAAGCUCAAGUAGUCCAGGCACAAGUGGUUCAGGCUCAAGCAGCACAAGUUCAGGGACAAGGUCAAGUGCAGACCCAGACUUCUCAUGCACAGGCUGUCUCAGGUGCCUCUCCGACCACAAGUAGUCCAUCAUUAAUGGUAUCUUCAUCUGUGGCUUCAUCUAGUCAGUCUUCUACAACAAAUACUAGCACAUCGACUUCUCUCUCACAAGUUGUACCUAGUUCAUCAGCUCCUGAUCAGUCCCAGAGUAUUACUGUGACUACAACAGCCCCUGUCAGUGUUGCAGUUUCACUGCCCACAGUCUCUUCAGUGCAGGCUCUUUCUCAGCAACUCACCCAGACAUUGCCACCCACUGUUACUCAUGCUUUGCCACAACCGACAGCAGCAAUUCCAGCUUUUCCUCCAGUCAUGGUACCACCAUUUCGUGUUCCUAUUCCUGGCAUGCCCAUACCGCUACCAGGUGUAGCAAUGAUGCAAAUAGUAAGCUGCCCGUAUGUAAAGACAGUGGCUACUUCCAAAACCGGUGUCUUACCUGGCAUUGCCCCUCCACUUGUUCCAAUGAUUCAUCCUCAAGUGGCCCUUGCUGCUUCUCCUGCGACUUUAGCGGGAGCGACCAUAAUGUCAGAGUGGUCUGAAUAUAAAACUGCUGAUGGAAAAACAUACUACUAUAAUAACCGCACUUUGGAGUCCACGUGGGACAAACCUCAGGAACUGAAAGAAAAGGAUAAGGAAGUAGAGAAACUUAAGGAACCUGUUAAGACUGAACCAGCAGUGGAAGACCCCCAGCCAAUGGAGGCUGAGGAAGACGUGCCAAAGGAAGAACCUCCCAAGGAAAUAAAGGAGGAGCCAAAAGAAGAAGAAAUGACAGAGGAGGAAAAAGCUGCCCAAAAAGCCCGGCCAGUGGCUACAACCCCAAUUCCUGGCACUCCAUGGUGUGUUGUGUGGACAGGCGAUGAACGAGUCUUUUUCUACAAUCCCACUACACGUCUUUCUAUGUGGGACAGACCAGAAGAUCUCAUUGGAAGAGCUGAUGUUGACAAAAUCAUUCAGGAGCCUCCACAUAAGAGAGGGCUAGAGGAUGAUAAAAAAUACUUCAAAGAAGAUCAAGAUUCAGCAGAUGAUGCUAAUGAUGAUGAACCAAUAAAAGCAAAGAAGAGAAAGAAGGAAGAAACAGAGUCAGACAAAGAGACUGCUAUGGAGGCUGAAAUCAAAGCCGCUCGUGAGCGAGCUAUUGUUCCACUGGAUGCUCGAAUGAAACAGUUCAGAGAUAUGUUGCUGGAGAGAGGGGUAUCGGCAUUCUCCACUUGGGAAAAGGAGCUCCACAAGAUUGUAUUUGACCCUCGGUAUUUACUCCUUAAUCCCAAAGAAAGGAAACAGGUGUUUGAUCAAUAUGUAAAAACCAGGGCAGAAGAGGAAAGGAGGGAAAAGAAAAACAAGAUAAUGCAGUCAAAGGAAGACUUCAAGAAAAUGAUGGAGGAGGCAAAGAUUAACCCAAGGACUACAUUUAGUGAAUUUGCAACCAAACAUGCCAAAGAUAUCCGCUUCAAGGCUAUUGAAAAAAUGAAGGAUCGGGAAAUCUUGUUUAAUGAAUAUAUGAUUGCCGCAAGAAAGAAGGAGAAAGAAGACUCUAAAAAUAAAGGAGAAAAGGUGAAGCUGGACUUCUUUGACCUCUUAGGCAAUCACCAUUUGGAUGCCCAGUCUCGCUGGAGCAAAGUCAAAGACAAAAUAGAGAGCGAUUCUCGGUACAAGGCAGUAGAAAGCUCAUCAGCUAGAGAGGAUCUUUUCAAGCAGUAUAUUGAGAAGGUAGUAAAAAAUUUAGAUACAGAGAAAGAAAAGGAACUGGAAAGACAGGCUCGUAUCGAGGCCAGCUUACGUGAACGAGAGCGAGAGGUUCAGAAGGCACGAUCUGAGCAAACCAAGGAGAUUGACAGGGAGCGAGAGCAGCACAAGCGAGAAGAGGCAAUCCAGAACUUUAAAGCUCUUCUGUCUGAUAUGGUCCGAUCAUCUGAUGUUUCAUGGUCUGACACCAGAAGAACGCUUAGAAAAGAUCACAGAUGGGAGUCUGGCUCCCUACUGGAAAGGGAAGAAAAGGAAAAACUUUUCAAUGAGCACAUUGAUGCCCUUACAAAAAAGAAGCGUGAACAUUUCAGACAACUACUGGAUGAAACCUAUUCUAUCACUUUAACUUCAACCUGGAAGGAGGUAAAGAAAAUAAUAAAGGAUGAUCCUCGCUUCAUCAAGUUUUCUUCCAGUGACCGGAAAAGACAGCGGGAAUUUGAAGAAUAUAUCCGCGAUAAACACAUCACUGCCAAAGCUGAUUUCAGAACUCUCUUGAAAGAGACAAAAUUUAUUACGUACAGAUCGAAAAAAUUAGUUCAGGAAUCUGAUCAGUACCUGAAGGAUGUAGAAAAGAUUCUGCAAAAUGACAAACGCUAUCUAGUACUUGACUGCAUUCCUGAGGAACGACGGAAGCUUAUUGUAUCCUAUGUAGAUGACUUAGACAGACGUGGCCCCCCGCCCCCACCUACUGCCUCAGAGCCUGCACGAAGAUCCACAAAAUAGUGGGACAUUUUAGAGACUACUAUAAUGUCCGUUGAUACCAACUGCAUGAGCCACCUGCAAAGUUUAUAUGAAAUCACAGUACUAAAUUCAAGUCAGCAAAAUGGAAACCUAACAUGGAGGAGCAGCGGCAGUAGCUUUUCAGCUAAAAAUGGUUAUCUGUGCAACACUCUAGCAAUGUAACCUAGUGUCUUUGUAUCACAGCUGUCAUAUUCGCUUGACUAGCAUUCCCAAAUCUGUCUUGUCAUCUACAACAGUCUGCUCACUUCAGGUCCAGAUGAAUUGAAAUUGUGGUGUUAGGACACCUAGCCACAUGGUAUUUUAUGGCAUCAUUUUGCAUCUUAAGACAGAGUUCUUUCCAGACUUUUCCUCCCUGAUAGGAAAGUGCUAAUAUGUUGCCGGAGUCCAAAAAAGGAGCCACUCAGUCUUUACAUAGGUUUUAUUUUUUUAUUUUUCUUGUUUCCCAAGCGAUGUCAGUAAAAUCACAAGUUAGAAUGAGGCCUUUGUGUUGCUAUCAAACAGAUAUGAUAGCAACGUUUGCUGUAUAAAAAAAAAAAUAUUCUAGUGUUUUUUCUUAAUUCUUGGUUUGACCUUCAUUUCAUUUUCAGUAGAUGAUUACCCAUCAAGGUAAUUCUUGUAAAAGCUUAUGCUCCUUUUAAGAUUUGUGUUUCUGAAGAAUAAUUUUGUUGGGUUUGUUCGGUUAAUGUAUUUGAAGUACAAUAAACCUUUUUUUU